AAGGCAGCUUCCUGCUUCUUCUCAAAGCUAAGCCUCGCUUCCCCUUUCUCCACCCCAGAAGCACCCAGCUGCAGGGUCUGCGGACAUCCACCCUGCUCUGGGCAGAAGGUCUCCAAAAGCUUCGGGUAGGGAAGAUGUCCAAGGCCAGCCUACUGCUGCUCUGGCUUUGCUGCUUAGUGCCCUCCCCGCAGGGCAUAAACCCAGGAUUUGUAGGCAGAAUCAGCAAGAAGGGAUUGGACUAUGCACGCCAACAAGGGGUUGCAGCCUUACAAGAGACAUUGGCCACGAUAACCCUGCCUGAAUUCUCUGGCUCCUUCAGAGUUAAAGUGAUUGGAAAGGUCAACUACAAGUUCUACAGUCUGAAUAUUCGUAAGUUUGAGCUGUUCCACUCAGUAAUUGAAUCAGUGCCUGGCAAGGGCCUCAGGGUCUCCAUCAGCAAUGCUGCUGCCGAAUUGACUGGCCGAUGGGAGGUGAAGAAACGUUGGUUCAAGGACCAUGGCUCCUUUGACCUGAAGGUGGAGGGGAUCUCCAUCUCUGUGGACUUGAAGCUGGACAGUGAUGCUACUGGCAGACUGGCGGUUACCACCUUGGAUUGCAGCACCCGCAUUUCCAGCGUCGACAUUCACAUUUCUGGCAGUCUGGACUGGCUGUAUAAUCUCUUCCACAAUGCCAUUGAGUCGGCUUUCAGGAGAGCCAUGGAAGACAAGGUCUGUGAGAUAGUGAGAAGUUCUGUUAGCUCCAGACUGCAGCCCUAUCUUCAGUCUCUGCCAGUCACAGCCAGUAUUGACCGCACAGCUAGCAUCGAUUACUCUCUGGUUGGGCCACCAGUUGCUACAAGUGAUUGUGUAGACCUGGACCUGAAGGGCGAAUUUUUUUCCACCACCCAUCGUUCUCCUGCUCCUUUCCCACCACCCGCCUUGGCUCUUCCGGUGGAUCAUGACCGCAUGAUCUACUUUGGGAUCUCCACUUACUUCUUCAACACAGCGGGCAAUGUCUACUACAGAGCAGAAUCACUGACCUUCUGGGUCACGGAUAACAUGGUUCCUAAGGAGUUUAAAAUCCGGCUGAACACCACCUCGUUCGAACCUUUCAUCCCACAG